GGUUACACCUGUACGACUUUGACAUUUGCACAUUUGGCAAAUGACAUUUACAGACAACACGAGAGCAAUGUAUACUUUGUAAACUAAGUCUUGAUGAAACUGAAAGAUAAACCAUGGCUACAAACUAUGCACAGUAUUCUCAAUUAAUAAAAGCCUCGACGAACUAUGCACGACGUAUGCAGCGCCUAUCUAAUAGAAUUUUCGGUGAGGUAGCAAUUCCCACUAAUUCAAAAUCCAUGAAAGUGGUUAAAAUGUUUUCUGAGCGGCCGUUGCACACCAACGAGGAAAUCAUUCACUAUUACCCUCGACACGUCGAGACACACAGCUUGAUGCUCAAACUACGGGAAUAUGGAUUAUUCAGAGAUGAACACCAAGACUUCAAAGAUGAAAUGAAAAGGCUGCGGGAGCUCAGGGGUAAAGUUAAAGUAUGGAGGAGAAAGCUAGACCAGAAGUCUGAAUAAAGUGUUGUAGUUGAUGCUUGUAGGGCAUUUCAAAACUUGUUUUAGAUUGACAAAUUGUUAGUUUUUGUUUAUUUAGAUGCUAUGAAAUAAAACCACUUCUAUCAUA